AUGACUACAAAUUUCUUGAACUCAAAACCUCAAAGUACCCGAAGCAAGCUUAGCAUCCCCAAUCACCCUUACGAAUGGAAUGAUCGGUUUUGGCUUGGUAGGAUUAGUGAUGUUUUACCUGAAAUUUCUUGUAAUUAAUAGCUAGUAAAAAGAGCUUAUUCAGGCUCUCUAACUGCUAGGACAAAUAUAAGAUCAGCAGUGUCUCUUUCGAGUAAUUCCUUACUGAAAUCAAGGCCUAAUACAGGAAUUUCUCCAAAAAUUAUAAAUUUGGGAAAGGAGAUAUUUAACUUAAAAAGCAAGCUUGAUUUAUCGUAUGACGCCAAAAAUGUCCCUGAUUUUCAUAAAAAUCUUUUUCGCACAUUUUUAUCUCUUCUCAAAGACCCUAACUUACAAUUAGAAGCCCUUAAAACUGAGCUUGAUAAUAUAAAACGAAAUUCCGCACCUAUUAUCUGUGUGAUUUCUGCAAUAAAAGAAAGAGAGGCUUUAUUGCAAAAAUUGAAAGAAAAAGUAUCAGAUGAAGAUUUAUCAAAAAAAGACUUGACAAAAUCACUAUUUCUGCUAGAAAUUGGAGAAUUAAUCAAAGAAGUCAGGUUGAAAAGCCUUGAAGUUGUUGAUAACGUCAAAGUCUGGAAAAGCUGCUUGCAAAUGCCAGCAGCAAAAUUUCUGUGAAAUGAUGAGGAAUAUUUUGAAAUCAUGAAAAAAGAUUAUCAAUUUCUGCUAGAAAGUCCAAUUGCUAAAGCCUUAAAUUUUCCACCAAAAUGCACAACAUUUUUUAUUCAACUUAAAACCCAAAGGUAGAGAGUAAAUAGAAACGAUCACUAUGGGCAAGAAUCCAAGAACUUUUUCAAAGUGAACCCACAGCUCCAAGCAAAAAUUAUAAGUGCUUAUCACACUUUAGGGAUUGAAAUAGCAAAGGUGUCUCUUGUUAAGAAAAGAAAAGUCAGACAAUCAAGGAACCCAACAAUUCAGUUAAAUUUUAAUUUCCAAGUUUCAUCAUUAGAAGAAAGGCCAAGCCAAUGAGAUAGCACUGAUAGCGAAGACGAAGUUCAAAAUAUCAUGGCUCUUGCAACUGAGCUUCAGGAGCAAUUUUUAUUUGAGCACUCAGAUAGACUGACUAAAGAUAUUGUCAGCGAAAGCUGCAGAGAAAUGAUAUCUGCGAGUCUAGUACUUUUUUCAAGCUCAGUCCUAGAUAAAUACAUAACUGAAGUCCUUGCCCAGCAAAUACACCAGGUAGCAAUGGUUGCAUAUCAAGAAACUACUGAUAGUGAGUAUAUCGAUUUCCAGCUUCAGAUUAUCCAAAAUGCAAUGGAAGAGAUUUUAUUAGAAUCUUCCCAGGACACUAGUUCAUGUCAUUUAGCUGAAUUGAUUUCAAGUGUUAUGAGUGAUGGGCUGAACUUCACAGAAAUUGCUCAAGAAGCUAUAGAUGAAGAAAAUAACUGAAAUGUGAGGAUUAUUGUAUUGAUAUUUGAAGAGCUGGCUAGGGAUUUACUAGAAGAGGAAUGGUUUGAAAUUUUUAUUGAGGACACCUUGAGCUACACACGACUUGAUGAUAUGUGAAAUAUACUCCCAUUGCACGCUCAAAAGCAGCUGUAUAAAACAGACAGAGAAAAAAUACACAAUAAAAUGGCUGAGGACAUUUAUUUCGAAAUUUUAAAUAAUGUGGUAGGUGAUAUAUGGACUUUUUUAAUUAAAAUAUGGCGUCUUCGUCUUGGUAUGGCCUCCCGGCCAUACAUACUCGACUCAUAUUUUAAUUAUAUCCGGCAAGGUUUUACCAUUUCAGAGAUGGACUGCAAUGCUAGGUAAGCAAUUCUGGUAGCUUUCAGAGCCUAGCCCUAGUCUGUUCUUAGGGGUGGAUUUUUCCUCGUGGGGAAGGAGGGUGCAAGGUUGGAAAGGGGAAGCCCAGCAAAGUCCUCUGGACCAUUCGGGCAACUCCCUAGCGUGAAACUGGGCGUUACGUCCCAGGCUUUGCAUUUUUCCUUUUUGCCGAUAGCCGACCAGAAAAAUCCAUUUUUUUUGGGUUUUUCGGAAAAGCAACCAUGUACAAGCAAGUAGCUCAUCCAUGAGCCGUCGAAGACGUGGACAUUUGCCCUAGAAGCACCUUGGAGAUCAAAGCGAGUCUGUCCCCAGCGGACUGGUGGGCCCGAUGCGACGAAAGGCGAGUGAUAAACCUGGGGUCGUAACCCCGUAGUGGACGUUAAGCGAUAUAAAUACCAUAAGAUAAGAUAAGAUAUAUGGACUUUUAGGAUUGUAUGAGCUGUAAAAAACAACGAAGACGACGACAGCAUGGACAAAAUUUUUCCUGUGAGAGAAGAAAGGUCGUCAAAGCGCCGAAAUACAAGAAUCAAUAAUUAA